AUGGCGGAAGAAGCGAGCAAGCGGGCACUGGUCUUGCUGGCGCCGGGCGCCGAGGAGAUGGAAACGGUUAUAACUGUGGAUGUAUUGCGCCGGGCCAAGCUUGAGGUCGUUCUCGCUGGGCUUGAGAGUGCCGAUCCCAUCACCUGCAGCCGUAAUGUGGUCCUCGUGCCAGACAUGGCGCUGGCUGCAGCCCAGGCCUCCGGGCCCUUUGAUGUGCUCGUCCUGCCCGGUGGGGCCGGCGGGGCUGCUGCUCUACGUGACUCGGCCACGUUGACAGCCGCCCUCACCUGCUUGUCCCUGUCCCUGCUGGCUGCAGCGACUACGGUACUGGCCAAGCACAACAUCGGUGCGGGCAAGCGUGCCACUUCCCACCCCGGGGUAGCCGAUGAUGUGCGCUCCCAUUUUCAAUACUCGGAGGAUCGUGUCGUAGUGGAUGGCAACCUGAUCACCUCCCGCGGUCCCGGCACCACAAUGGAGUUUGCGCUUGCCAUUGUUCGCCACCUGCUCGGCGAAGCGGCCGUGCAAACUGUGGCCCCACCCAUGAUCAUGUACCCGGGUCAAGCUUGA